AUGACUAAACGUACGAUGAAUUGUGCCGGUAUUUGGCCAGAAAAUACGAAUGAGCCUAAGUUUAUAUUUUUUGCAACAUAUUUGUCAAUACAUUGUUCAUUAGCUAUCAUUGAUAUAACGAUGAAUAUAUCGAAUUUAACUUAUAUUGUUGGAUGUCUAUUGGAAAAUGUAUUCAAUUUGAUGGCACUAUUGAAAAUAUGCAUUUGUAGGAUUAAAAAAAAAUCAUUGGCAAGAUUGUUGGAAGACGUCAGAACUGAUUUUGUUAUUGAUAAUUAUAACACCCUUGAUGAGAAAAUAGCAUUUUUAAGUUAUAAUAAAUUUAGUCGUAAAUUCGUUAGGUUGACCUUGAUCGUAUGUAUGGCUGGUGCAUCGUCCUAUUACUUCAUGUCAUUAGUGAAUAACGUUGAAAUGGUAUUUAGAAACUCAUCUUAUGGAUACCGAUUGCCAUAUAGAGUAUGGCUGUUAAUUGAGCCACACGAUUUCAUAACAUACAUCUGCCUGUGUUGUUAUCAAUUUAUUAUUAUACCAAGUAUUGUGUUUGGUUACGUUGGUACUGAUUGUCUCUUCGUUAGUUUGGUACUUCACGUUAGUGGAUUAUUCUCUGCAUUGUCUUGUAAGGUCAAACAUGUAUUGGAUGAUCCAUAUGAUAGACAACGUCGCAUGAAAGAUCUAAUUGUUAAACACAUACGAUUAAUCAGAUUGUCGGAAUCAUUGGAGGAUGAAUUUAAUUUAGUGAUAUUACAACAAUUGGUUGGUAAUACUUUUCAGCUUUGUUUAUUGGGAUAUGAUGCUCUUGCUAGUACAGCUGAGGGGGAGGGGAGAAUGUUAGUCGCAUUUUUUCUAAUCCUUGCCUGCGUGUUUAGCACACUUUUAGCUUACUGUUACAUGGGAGAAUGUCUUAUAAAGGAGAGCUCCGUCUUAGGUGACGCAUUUUAUCACUGCGAGUGGUACAACAUCUCGAGAACGGAAAAAAAAUUAAUGCACAUUUGUAUGAUGCGUUCGACGAAAUUUAUGCGACUUACUUCCGGUAAAUUUUGCACCUUGUCACUGAACACUUUUACCGACGUUCUAAAAACAUCGAUGGCUUAUUUUUCGGUACUGCGGACAUUCGUUUGAAAAAGAAAUCAAAUCGGCUUCGAUUUAAGAUACUUAAUGAAUUGAAUAUAUCUAUACAUAUACACGUACUAUUGUGUAAUUUGUGUAUAUUUAUGUGCAUAUGUGAGUGCGUGCGGGUGUGUAUGCACUUUGUUAAAAUUAACGAUUUAAGGCUGUCCGUCAUCUUUCGUUCGAAACGUAUGUAAUUUCAGCGACAGGUGUGAAUAAGAUAUGAAUUACAAUACGAGCAAGGAACGCUAUCCCCACCAUACGCCAUCGUAUCAGUAUAUAAGUAUCGUUUAGUUAUUCCCCUCUCACACGUACAUAACAAUUGGUUUCAUACAGGUUAGAACAAUUAGUUUAGUAAAUUGUAUACUCACACUUUUCAGUCUCUCAUAUGUAUAUCUUUUUUUGUUAAUAGCCGUGCGUCUCACAGUGAU